AUGCGGAGGCGACCCAUUCAUCCGAAGGAGGAAGUUAUUUAUAUACCAAUGGGUAUACCUGUUGCCGAGUUAAUUACUGGUGAUGCCGAGAUGUCUAACAUUUCAACUUCCACAUCUGACAGUGAUGAUGAACUUAAUGAUAGUGACUUAAACUUUGGAUUUACUUCAGAUGAGGAGGGUCCCCCAGAUAGCACAACAGGGGAGACAACUGUCACACUCCUUGUGGACAGUGUGUUGAUAAGGGUUGUAAAGGGUAGCAUUGCAAAGGAACAGGUAGACGUGAUUGUGAAUAGUACAUCCUCUGACCUUGACCUCACCAAAGGGACUGCUUCCAAGGUUCUCCUUAAGGAGGCUGGCAAUAGCCUGCAGACAGACUGCCAACAGUACUAUCCUAAUGGUAUCGCUGUAGGAGAUUUGGCUGUAACAGGGGCGGGUAACCUACCGUGUGAUUAUGUCUACCACGGAUCACUUGUCAAAUGGGACAGUAAAGAUGCAGCUAAGAUACAUACAGACUUUGUGACAAAAUGUCUUCAGACAGCUAGUGACAAUGGUUUGACAUCUAUUGCUCUGCCUGGUCUGACGACUGGCUUCUUGGCCUUCCCCAAAGACAUUGCAGCCAAGAAUGCAUGUGACUGUAUCAACAAAUUCCUCAAAUCACACCAGGACACAUCUCUCAAAGACAUUCGAAUUGUCAUCUACGAAACGGACAGGGCAACUUUGAAGGCUUUCAGCAAUGAAGUGAAGGCAUGGAAAGACAGAAUAGAUAAUAUUGUACCAGUGCGAGAUAUCUGUAGUUCUACUGUCGGAAACAUGACUGUCCGCUUGGUGGUAGAUAAAAUGGAGGACCAAAAGGUUGACGUGAUAGUAAACAGCGCCAAUAAAGAAUUGAAACUGGAUAAAGGAACCUUGUCUAACACCCUAAACAAGAUGGCUGGCCCGGCCCUCCAGCAAUCCUGUUCCACCCUUUAUCCUAAUGGAAUAGGACCCAAGGAAGUGGCAUUCACUGAUGCAGGCAACCUCUCCUGCAAAAAGAUCUACCAUGUUUGUGUGUGUGAUUUUGACCGUAUCAAUGAGGAUGCAUCAUUACGGGUGAUAGUAGAUUUGGUGUGUAAGUGUUUACAGGAGAUGGACACUAAAGGAUUGACCUCCAUAGCUUUUCCGGCUCUGGGAACACGAUUUCGAAAGUAUCCUGCUAAGCUAUCAGCGAAGGCGAUGUUUGAAGGUUUUGAAGAGUUUUGGAGCAGUCGGAACUCUUCCUCUGUGUCAGAUGUCAGAAUUGUUAUCUAUGGCAAUGAUCAACACACCAUAGGGAAAGCAUUUGAGAAGCAGGCUACUGGUGCUACAACUCAUGUGCCCCGACCUCAGGUAUCUGAACAUGCUAGAGGCACCAGGACCUUCUGCCUUGAUAUGUACGAACAAAGUUUACGGCCCCCCAGCUAUUGGAGUCACUUUACUUCAUCAAAACCUGUGAAGAAAUGGAAAUUGUCUCCUCCAGAUGGGGAACUCCAUUGUCUUGUACCGGUUUCUCAGGAGGAAUGGAAAGCAGUGGUAGAUCUUGUAGAGCACACGUGGGAGGCAAACAAGAUUGGGCAUGGACGGGAUGCUGUAGGGCUCUACGGGUUCACCUCACUGAAGGUUACUAAUGUUCAAAGGCUGGAGAACAUUGAUCUGUUUGAGAAGUAUGGAAAUGCUAGGGCUACACUCUUCCAUAAAGCUGGGACUGUAGGAGUGUUUGAUCAUGCAGAAGAUAUAUCAGGGUCAAAGGGUGCCAUUAAAACGGCUAACCUGACUGACCCAACAUUAAAACGGGACACAUUUCCAGAAGUUAAUGAGUUUUAUUUCUUCCAUGGUACCAAACCUGACAUCCUAGAAUCCAUAAUGAAACAGGGACUGGACUUUCGAAUGUCUGGAGAGAAAGCCAUGUUUGGUCAAGGAAUGUAUCUGGCAGAGAGUUCCACAAAGGCCGACCAAUAUGCUGAUGCUAAAGGUAACAGAAACCAGGAUGAGAAGACCAUGUUGUUAACAAGAGUUUGUCUGGGCCGAAUAUGUCUGUUGUCUCAGACUGCAAACACUCUGAAGAGGCCACCAUGUUUUAUAGUAAACUGCAACAGUGAUACCUGCAGCCAUAGUGACCUGGAACGCUGUGACAGUGUGCUGGGGGAUGGCACCUGGCUGUUUCGGGAAUUUGUAUUGUACAGCCAGCAUCAGAGCUACCCAGAAUAUGUCAUAACAUAUACCAGGAUAUAGGGUAGACAAUACAGCCAGUGUUGUAUCUACCUAGAAUAUAUCAUAACAUACACUUAGAAAAUACUGCCAGUGUUGUACCUACCUAGAAUAUAUCAUAGCAUACACCUGGGAAUAGAAAACACAGCCAGUGUUGUACCUACCUAGAAUAUGUCAUAGCAUACACUUUGACAAUACAGCCAGUGUCGUACCUACCUAGAAUAUAUCAUAACAUACACUUAGACAA